AGACCACCCUGGUCUACAAGAGCUAGUUCCAGAACAAUCUCCAAAGCCACAGAGAAACCCUCUCUUGAAAAACAAAAAACAAAACAAACAAACAAAAAAAUGAGCUCAAUCACCCAAUCUAUGAGCCAGGACCCCCAUAUCUACCCCAAGAGCCAUUUUGGAGAGGUACCUGUUCCAACAGGAUCGUUCCACAAUGCUGGCCCCAAGUGAUCUGGACUUAGUGCCUAACCAUAGCUUGUCAGCCAUAGGAGCUCCCUGGCCAGGGCUCAGGGUUUACCCCACAAGGAGAUGCAGGGACCUUGGGCCCCCGGAAGGCAGUUGUGUCCCCCCACUCCGCGCUGCCUCCCUGCCUGCUAAGAGUCCGGGGGCGCUUGCAACCGAGUAUUUCGCCCCCGCUGACAGCUCUCCACCCUCGCCCACUGCGGACAUGUUGCCAUGAGAACCCUCCAGAGGCGGGCAGGCUUUUAGCGCUGUUGGAGGUGGGGCGUACUGCUGUGCCUACAGCUGGGCCAAGGCUGGGAGUGCUUUCUUAGGCCUGGGAUUGGGGACCUCCCUUACUUUUCUGCUAUGGGGCUGCAUACACAAGACAGUUGGUAGCAGAGCAGGUACUAUGGGACAAGCAUUACCUGGCCCUUUAACUCCCAACUUUUGGACCCCUGAUGUGGAGAAAGGGUCUACAAUAAAUUAGCCCAGGACUACACAAUGAGCUGAAGCACCAGAAUCUUGACAGGUCUGAUACCCAAACAAGUCGGGUCUUAGUCUCAGGUCCGUCUGUGGCCCAUCAUCUACCAAGCUAGAAUGCUGGAAGGUCUAGUGCCUCGGCAAGGGGCAGGCAGGGCUAAGUGAGGAAUGGACCACAUGAAGACCUUCCCCAAAGGAAGCAGGCUGUGGCAGCCUAGGCUAUCCUGGACACUGGAGGUUGCAGCUGUACUCCAGGCUGAGCAAGCCAUCUGGCUCCCAGGUACCUGCUGAGAUUUUGGCCUCUUCAGAGCCAAAGAGGACGACAGUUCCUGGGGAGAGGCCAAUGGGGCAGGGAACUGCUCAUCUGCUCCCACCUGGGUCCAACCACAGACAUGAAUUCUGGAAACUCUCCAAACCCAGAGUGUCUGCCGCCAAGCAAGAUUUCAGGUUUCUAGUAGGACCCUGCGUGGAGUCCUGCUGGCAGGCUUUUCUUGGUGCAGGGAACCUCUGUUCAGAACCCAAAGAGCUUUGGGGACGCUAUUCAUGACCCGUCACUCUACACAGCCCAAAUGAGAGCUAGGGCGACCAGUAUCUGGACCCCCACUAUACACCUCCCUUCCAACGCGGCCCCUUUAAGUGCCACACUACUGAUCGCCACUGGGGGCAGCACUGAGCAUCCAGGCCAGGACCAGAGCUGCUGCCUCCAAGCUUCUGCCGGUACCGGCUAUAUAGCGGGGACAGGUACACACCGGAACCGACUUGGAUUAUGCAGCCUACCUAGGUUCAGCUCGUGGAAAAAUAAUCAGGCACCAGAGGGCAGCAGCUCUGCAACACAUUCCCGGGUUGAUCUACCCAAGCCUGAUCAGCGGACCCUAGUAUAGGGAAGAGACUCGAGAGUUCCUGCUGAGGGGAUAAAGGUACUUCUUCUAACAUAGGUAUGGAGCCAGCACCAGAAUCCCUGACCAAGACUUGCAGCCUGGGCUGCUCCAUCCCUUAUGCCCCAGGUAAGCCGGACCAGCACGUGGGGUGCGGUGGGGAUAAAGGGCUUGGGGUGCAGAGGAGGCUGCCCUGACCUGUAUCUCCUCCCAGGGCAAAAUCCCCGAAAGGCCGAGUGACUGGAGCUGCCAGCCUGGGGACGUCUUUUAAGAUGACCCGUACGGACCCUCCGGACUUGCUGGUGUCGACCGUGUACCAGGACAUCAAGGUGGUGGCCCCAGAGCUCACAUCCAAACGCCAGCCAUGUGAGCGAUCGGUGACCCGGCCAGCUGCGCCCGCGCCUUUCAACAAGCGCCACUGCCGUAGUUUUGACUUCUUAGAGGCACUGGACGAGCCCACCAUGGAGACGCACCAGCAACCACCACCUCCCGAGCCUGCUCCACCGCGUGCCCGGCCCCGAGACAGCGAGCCUCGGCGCCGCACCCGUUCCAAGAGCGCGCCCCGUGCGCCCCAUGGUCUGACGCCUGCUCCGGCUUCACCGCCGGUACUGCAACGCAGAGGCCGGGAGGCCCAGCGUUCGGUGCGGUUGGAAGGGUCGCCGCACCGGGAACCCUCAUACCCUGCACUGCGGGCUCUCGCCAAUGAGCUGCACCCCAUCAAGCUCCAGCCACAGCGAGGCGGCCCUGGACGCAUCGCACCUCUAUGCGCCACCCCAGGCCGCUGUGCGCCCCCCGAACCACCCACGGGAUCCACAGGACCCGUCCCCCACGUCCGUUGCCGUUUGGACAUCAAGCCUGAUGAGGCAGUGCUGCAGCACGCAGCCCGGAGCUCGAGACCUUGCCCGCCCAGCGAGGCGCCCUGGGCUCGCACAGCCCCACAGUUUCAUGGCCUCACAGUUCCAGGGCCCCGCCAUAUGGCCCUGUCACGCACUCCCACCCCUAGUGACUUGUACUGUACUGACCCCAGAGCAGUGUACUGCGACGGACCUCUGCCUGGGCCCCAGGACUACUUGGAGCACCGCAGCCAACCCUUCACAACGCCCCCAGGUCCCACCCAAUUUUUCUACACCGAGGAACCUGAGGGCUACGCAGGCAGUUUUACCGCAAGCCCAGGCCUUCCCUUUGAUGGCUACUGCUCCAGGCCCUACUUGACCGAAGAACACCCCAGACCCAGUCCAAGACGUGGGGGCGGCUACUAUGCUGGGGAAGUACGCACCUUCCCAAUCCAGGAGCCCCCCUCCCGCUCCUACUACGGGGAGACACCUCGCGCCUACGGCCUGCCUUUCAUCCCCCGAUAUGUCCCAGAAGAGCCGCGGGCACACCCCGGUGCCCGCACCUUCUACACAGAGGACUAUGGGAGGUUCCGUGAACGUGACGCAAUGGCUCGGACUUACCCACAUCCCCGCAGCAGCCCAGCCUGGGCCGACUGGGGUCCGAGGCCUUACCGCACCCUUCAGGUGGUGCCUCCUCCCGCUCCUGGACCACUGUUGGCCUCAUGGCAUGGUGGCACUGGCACAAGCCCACCCCGGCUGGCGACCGAUAGCCGCCACUACUCUCGAUCCUGGGACAACAUCCUGGCUCCUGGUCCUCGUCGUGAAGACCCUCUAGGACGUGGCCGCAGCUAUGAGAACCUGCUGGGACGUGAGGUUCGAGAUACACGGGGUUCAUCCCCGGAAGGCCGGCGUCCACCAGUCGUAGUGAACCUGUCCACCUCACCCCGACGCUAUGCAGCACUGUCACUGUCUGAGACGUCGCUGACAGAAAAGGGCCGUGGUGGGGAAAGCCUGGGCCGCAACUGGUACAUCACCCCCGAGAUAACCAUCACGGACAAUGACCUGCGCUCAGUAGAGCGCCCCACUGCCAGGGGCUGGGAAUUGCCUGGAGGUAGCCGGCAGCCCGCACCCACCGUCCCUGAGGGACCUGCCUCCAGCCGCCAGCGCAGCCUCGAGCAGCUGGACGAGCUCAUCACAGACCUGGUCAUCGACUCACGGCCACCGGGCCAAGCCUCGGAACCUGCCGCCGAAGGUUUAGGCCGCCAACUGCGCCGCCUGAUGGAUUCACGGCCUGCGGGCCCUGGAGGUGCAACCGCGCUGGCUCCGUCGCGCUCGCCCCCGGCCUCGCCUGCUGCCCGGCCAGCGCCGCGCAGCCCUGGGCCCACCGUGCGCAAGUUCGCCAAGGUGGCCCUGGCCGCCGGCAGCCCGACGCGGCCUCCUCCUGCGCGUGGCGGAGAGCCAGACAUGGAAACACUGAUUCUAACGCCACCUCCAGGCACUGCGGGCCUGGACCAGGAGGGUGAGGCUGGACGGCGCGCACGCGAAGUGGCCUUCAUCCACAUCCAGCGUGAACUGCGACUGCGCGGCGUCUUCCUCCGCCAUGAGUUUCCACGCGUCUACGAGCAGCUCUGCGAGUUCGUCGAGGCCAACCGGCGCUUCACACCCACCACUAUCUAUCCCACUGAUCGGCGCACUGGCCGCCCCUUCAUGUGCAUGAUCAUGGCUGCUUCC